AUGACUGCAGAUACACGCAGCCGAUGCUUCUGGCAGUUCUGUUACCAUGAGGCCAGUGGGCCCCGAGAGAUGUGGGGACCAUCAGUGAAGAUGGAAGCAGAGUUCUCUGAGGAGGAAGGAUCUCCUUCGGAGGAAGGGCAAAGGGCUCAGGCCCAGGAGCUUGCCCAAGAUGCCCUCUCAGGUGAUGAAGUCAAGAAUGAAGACCUGAGAGGAAACUUCAAGAAUCAAGGCAGACCUAAGAGGCAGAAUGGCAGCCAUAUAGCUGAGAAGAGGGAUGAACCUGUUCCUUGCCAAGGGGGGGAUUUCGAUGAAGCAAUUCACAUGGUGGAGGAAAUAUACAAGUGCUUGGAGUGUGGAAUAACCUUCUCAGACCUCACCCAAUAUAGUAUCCAUUUGCAAAUGCAGAGUGGAAAGAAGACCCAUCAAUGUUUGGAAUGUGAAAAGAGCUUCCUUUGCAGUGCUGAGCUCCUUAAACAUCAACAGACACAUACAGGAGAAAAACAUUAUAGUUGCUCAGACUGUGUUGAGAGUUUCUCACAGAAAUUGGACCUUAUUAAACAACAAAGCAUUCACUCAGGAGAGAAGUCAUUUAUCUGCUCAGAGAGUGGAAUGACAUCCUGUGAUGGAAGACAGUGUAAUGUGUAUUUCCCAAGGAAUAUUGUAGUGAAGGAAUGUAAAUGCUUUUGGUGUGUAAGGUACUUUAAAUUCAGAUCAGAGCUCCUUGUGCAUCAAAGAACCCACACAGGGGAGAAACAUUUUGAAUGCUCAGAGUGUGAGAAGAAAUUCCGUAGGGCUGUCUGUCUUCAGCAUCAUCAAGAAACCCAUGUAGGUGAGAAAUCUUUUGAAUGCUCGGAGUGUGGAAAGAGAUACAGUCAGAGUGGCCAUCUGCAACAGCAUCUAAGAACCCACACAGGGGAGAAACCUUUAGAAUGCUCAGAGUGCCAAAGGAAAUUUGGUCGAAAUUGUGACUUUCAAAGCCACCUAAAAACCCACACAAAUGAGAAACCAUUUGAAUGCUUGGAGUGUGGAAAGAGAUUCAGUCAAAGUGGCCAUCUUCACAAGCAUUUAAGAACCCACACAGGAGAGAAACCUUUUGAAUGUUCGGAGUGUGGAAAGAGAUUCAGUCAGAGUGGCCAUCUUCAACUGCAUCAAAGAAUCCACACAGGGGAGAAACCUUUUGAAUGCUCAGAGUGCCAAAAGAAAUUUGGUCGAAAUUGUGACUUUCAAAGCCACCUAAGAAUUCACACAAAUGAGAAACCAUUUGAAUGCUCAGAGUGUGGAAAGAGAUUCAGUCAGAGUGGCCAUCUUCACAAGCAUUUAAGAACACACACAGGGGAGAAACCUUUUGAGUGCUCAGAGUGCAGAAAGAGAUUUAGUCAGAGCAGCAAUCUCCUACUACAUCAAAGAAUCCACACAGGAGAGAAACCUUUUGAAUGCUCAGAGUGUGGAAAGCGACUGUGUGACAGUAGCAGUUUUCAACGGCAUGUAAGAACCCAUACAAAGGUGAAACCUUUUGAAUGCUUGGAGUGUGGAAAGAGAUUCAGUCAGAGUAGCCAUCUUCAACGGCAUCAAAGAACCCACACAGGGGAGAAACCUUUUGAAUGCUCAGAGUGCGGAAAGAGAUUCAGUCAGAGUGGCCAUCUUCAACUACAUCAAAGAAUCCACACAGGGGAGAAACCUUUUGAAUGCUCAGAGUGCCAAAAGAAAUUUGGUCGAAAUUGUGACUUUCAAAGCCACCUAAGAACCCACACAAAUGAGAAACCGUUUGAAUGCUCAGAGUGUGGAAAGAGAUUCAGUCGGAGUGGCCAUCUUCACAAGCAUUUACGAACUCACACAGGGGAGAAACCUUUUGAGUGCUCAGAGUGCAGAAAGAGGUUUAGUCAAAGCAGCAAUCUCCUACUACAUCAAAGAAUCCACACAGGGGAGAAACCUUUUGAAUGCUCAGAGUGUGGAAAGCGAUUUUGUCACCGUAGCAAUUUUCAACGACAUCUAAGAACCCACACGAAGGGGGGGCGUGGUGGCGCUCAGAGAAAAUGCCUGCCUAAAACUUUUGCUCCAUAAGCCCUCUCCUUCUCAUCGGUCAUUGUGGCUAUCAAUUUGACAGAUUGGAACUUUGCUAUUUGGGGAAAAACGGCCGUGCAAUCCCUCAUCACAAAUCUACUAAAAUUGAAAAGGUACAGUCUAAAAUAAUGUCACAAUCAGGAGCUUUUUUGUCCGUCCAGCACCUCUCUGUGCUAAAAUGGCUCCGACCACACCGGGAGCUGAUAAGAACACUGCCCCGAUUACUUCAGCCGAUCUAUCAGCUGCUUUAAAUAAAAUGGAGAAGACGAUCUUAGACAAUAUUUCAUCUAUGCUUAAACCAAUGUAUGACCAGUUAGACUCCAUGCAAAAAAACCUUCAGGAUACUCGGGCGAUAGCGGAAAGUGCUAUGAACAUGAGCCUAGUAAACCAAAAUGACAUU